CUCUACGUCACAUAAGCCAGGGGGAAGAUGGCGGCCGCCGGAGGAGAGUCUUCUACCACGAAUGUGUCGGAUGAAUUAUUUCAAAACUUUUACACGGAGGUAAAGCAGAUUGAGAAGAGAGACUCUGUGCUGACCAACAAGCAGCAGAUUGACAGACUGCUCAGACCUGGCUCUUCCUACUUCAAUCUCAAUCCCUUUGAGGUGCUCCAAAUUGAUCCUGAGGCAACAGAUGAUCAAUUGAAGAAAAGAUUUCGGGCGUUAUCCAUCUUGGUCCAUCCAGACAAAAAUCAGGAUGAACAAGACAGAUCGCAGAAAGCCUUUGAAGCCGUUGACAAGGCGUACAAGCUCCUCCUGGAACCAGACCAGAGGAAGAGAGCGUUGGACGUGAUCCACGCAGGACAGGAAUAUGUGGAGCAUCAUGUAAAGGAGAAAAAGAAACAGCUGAAGAAGGAUGGGAAGUCGUUGGAUAUGGAGGAGGACAACCCUGAAGUGUUCAAGCAAGCCGUGUACAAACAGACCAUGAAGCUGUUUGCAGAGCUCGAAAUCAAGAGGAAGGAAAGGGAAGCAAAGGACAUGCACGAAAGAAAAAGGGCAAGAGAGGAAGAAAUCGAGGUGGCAGACAAAGCAAAGCGGGACCGAGAAUGGCAGAAAAACUUUGAGGAAACAAGAGAUGGGCGUGUGGACAGUUGGAGGACCUUCCAGGCUAAAGGAAAGAAGAGCAAGGAGAAAAAGCCCAGGUCCUUCCUCAAGCCCCCUAAAGUCAAGAUGGAACAGAGGGAAUGAUGCGGAAAAAUGGGACUUUAUUAGAUUAACAUCCUCUGUUCUAAAAACCCUAGUUCUGUGUCAUCACCUCGUCGUCUGCAGUCAACUGUGAAGUCUUCUCUCGGAUACUUCGUACAACAAAUCCCUCAUCCGACCCUGACAAACGUAGUUUUGUACUUGGUUUUCUAAUGUACAUAUUUGUGAUCUGGACCCGGAGAUCAUACCUGCCUCAUGAAAGAGAAAACGAUGUAUCUUCCACUUCUGUCACUGAUGAGAAAAAUGUGCUCUGUCAUUGUUGUUGUCCUUUUUCUUUUUUACUAAAUAAAGCUUGGUCCUAACAAGCCGACAUUACA